GAGUUAAUUACAUUCGAACCAGACCUUAUCUUCGCAAACUCAAACCCCUCCUCCUUGCCGGCGACGCUUCUCUACUGAACAUAUCAGUAAAUCAUCACCGUCAUCUCAAUUUUCUUCAUCUUUACCCUCUCCGUCAAUGGCGAUUCCCUUGCCUCUCACUUCUUACUCGCCAAUCUCAACUUCUUCUUCUAUUUCCCGAACCUCUUUCGUCCCUCUCACGCCUCGCCAUCGUAACCUCUUCUCCGAUCAGAAUAUCAGUAGGCAUCUACCUAUCAGCUGCUCUUUGCCUUCGUCCCCGAGCAAUGGUUCAACUCCAGACUCUAUGAAUGGGAGUGGGUUAAACGGCCAGUCAUCGUUUCCUGGAAUGCCUUCGUUCGAUGGAGCAUCUAACCCACCGCUUAAAUGGAGAAGGGUUUUGCUUAAAGUCAGUGGUGAAGCUCUUGCUGGAGACGAGCAACAGAAUAUUGACCCAAAGGUUACUAUGUCCAUUGCGAGAGAAGUUGCAGCAGUGACUCGGCUUGGCAUUGAGGUUGCGAUUGUAGUUGGAGGAGGAAACAUCUUUCGUGGAUCCACCUGGGCUGGGUGCAGUGGCCUUGAUCGCUCCUCUGCUGAUUACAUCGGGAUGAUGGCAACUGUGAUGAAUGCAAUAUUUCUUCAAGCGACAAUGGAGAGCAUCGGCAUCCCAACACGUGUUCAAACCGCUUUCCGAAUGUCGGAAGUUGCAGAGCCUUACAUUAGAAGACGAGCAAUUAGACAUUUAGAGAAAGGCAGGGUUGUGAUAUUCGCAGCCGGAACAGGCAAUCCGUUCUUCACAACUGAUACUGCAGCAGCUCUUCGUUGUGCUGAAAUUAACGCAGAAGUAGUGCUGAAGGCUACGAACGUUGAUGGAGUCUUUGACGAUGAUCCUAAACGAAACCCAAACGCUCGCCUCCACGAAUCACUAACAUACCAAGAAGUAACCUCAAAGGAUCUCUCUGUGAUGGAUAUGACUGCUAUCACUUUAUGCCAAGAAAACAACAUCCCAGUUGUGGUUUUCAAUCUAUCUGAACCUGGAAACAUUGCGAAAGCAAUCAGAGGAGAGAGAGUUGGCACAUUGAUUGGAGGAACUUGGAACUCUAUUGUUGCUGCCACAUGAAGAAUCUUCUUCCUUUAUAUGGUAACUUAGGUCAGGAGAAUCUUACAACUUCUAUAUAUAGCUUGCAGAAACCUCUUUACUUCCUAGGAACGUUAUCUGUCUGAAAAGUUUUGGAAGUUAACUGAGAUGUUAUUAUAUAAUAUACUACCUCCGUUUUCAGGAAGAUGUU